AUGUUUCGACUCGUCAAGAACGUGUUAACACUAACCCAAAAGAUGUCCAUUGAACUUUUUCAGGGAUUCAAAUUCAGCUCUCAGUUCGACUACGUUUCAGAUGACAUAGAAGAGUGCGGUACUAACUCAAAAAUGGACAAAAUGUUGAGAUUAACAGUUACAAGCUUACACAACACUCUGAGAGGUUUACUUGUGAAUAGAACACAGAAAAAUGGCAAUGGCAGUAGAGCUAGAAAUUUUCCAAGUGCUGGUGACAUGAGUCUCAUGGAAUAUAACUGCAAAUUGGAGGAAUCUGCUUUCAACAUUUCCCAGAUGUGUCAGAAUCAAACUGUGCCUAAUUUCUCCUUCGUCGGCAGUAAUAAUGCCACCUACUUCCUGUCACGAGCCACAUUCGACCAUAAUAAAUGGGAUUACUUUCGUGACGACAUCAGUGACUACUUUAGGAUAAUAAGAUUCAUGAUGGAGUGGUGGAACACAUCACUAGAGUAUGGCCCUCUUGUCAAUCUUACGCCAACGGCGAGCGACAGCGGAAUAAUUCCAUUUCUCCAGGUUGUUUGUGAUAAUGCUUUACUUCGGUUCAUAGAACGAAGGAGAGUUGGUCGUACCAUAUUCUGUACAAUCGUACACCAAUUUCUGAACAUCGGAGCUAUGCGAUGGCGAACGCUAACACGACGAAACUGGGAUGCGCAUACAACAUAUGCAAUUCGUCCGAUCCAUACAACUCUUCGGCUUUCGUGUUAUUUGUUUGUCGAUACGGAGAUACGCAUAUUCGUAUCAACAAAACAAUCUACACGGAAGGAGCAUCGUGCAGCACGUGCAAUAACAGCUGCUUGGGUGGCACUCUUUGUAACAAGACUUCAACAGAAUAUGAUUUUAAAAGAUGAAGAGUAG